UUUCAGACAUUUGUUGAAUCUUUUCUCCUUGGAGUUGCAGCUUGUGCUUAUGAAGCUGAGGAAGUAAUGUGGGCUGCUGGAAUUUGUGCAUUUAUAUGUUUGGGUUUGACUGCUUUUGCGUUUCAAACCAAGUAUGAUUUUACCAUGAUGGGUGGAUUUCUGUUUGUGGCUCUGCUGUGCUUUGUAAUCUUUGGAUUUUUGGCUAUUUUCCUCCAUGAUCGGAUUGUACAGCUGGUUUAUGCUUGUGUUGGUGCUCUCAUAUUUUCCAUGUACUUGGUUUAUGAUACUCAAUUAUUGAUUGGAGGCCACCACAAAUAUUCGAUCUCACCUGAAGAAUACAUUUUUGCUGCUUUGAAUUUGUACCUGGAUAUUAUUAACCUCUUCAUCUACAUUCUCCAGAUCAUUGGAUCCAGAAACUAAAAUUUUAAAAGUAUUUGAUUGUAUUUUGAUUUUAUCUUUCAAUUUAUAUAAUUUUUUUUCACGAUUAUUGGCUAUUUACAGGAAAAAAUAUCUAAAUAAUUUUGUGUAUUCCUACAUCAAACUCUUGUGAUAUUGUAAUUGAAUUUUUUUUUUAAACAAAAGUUGUUAAAAUUUAAAAACAGUUUUUAUAAAUAAAAUUGAAUUUUUCUUUUAAAUGGUUGUGAAAUUAUGUUUGCACCCAGUUGUAGAUAUUGUAUUUACUGUAUUUCAAAGUUGUUGAAAUGUAUAUCUGAUUUUACAAGCUUUAAAUAUUUGUGUGGUGCUUAGGUAUUAAAACACGCUUUGGCUAACUGGUUGUUGAUUAUUCUUUAAAAGUUUGGAUGCUCUCCCUAUGUUACAGUAUAAAACAGUUACAGUUUUGAUUUUGUGUUUGCAAUUAAGUUUGUUUUAUGUCAAAAAAUUCAAUUUGUGGAAGUAUUCAAAAUGUAAAUUUUUAUUUUGAACUAAACUAUUUUUUAAAAAAAUGAUUUUUUGUAGAAAUGACAUAAAUUUAAAUUAAUAUGUAUCUAUAUUUUAUUGUAAAUAUUCAAUCUAGUUUUUGUAUUUUGGAAUUGCAUUUACUUCGAGAAUAGUUCUUAAUUUACAAACUUUGUGAGAAAAGUACUUUAACAAAAAUUUUACUAUUUCAGUAGAUUUUAUUUUGUUCCAUCGGACUAUGGAAUAUAAACUUAUUUUGUCAAGUAUUUAAAUUUCAUGGAUCUCAGUAGAUGAAAGUGCUAAGUAAAAGGCCUUGAGGGUUUUUGAAAUGGAAAAGCAUUGUUGGUGAGCAUUCGGCAGUAAACAGCUGGCGUGUAAACAUAAAAGGAAUUUCUAAUUGCAGCAAAUUAAAACGCCAAGAGUGCAAGCGCCCUGAAGUGAAUAAUUUUAUUUAAUGCCAUUUCAUCAAUCAAAAGAUUAUGGAAAAAUGAUUAAGGUAGGGCAUAAUCUUUCUUUUCUAUUGUCAAUGUAUAAAUUUAUAAAAUAACUCAAAUUUACUAAAAUGACACUUGGAAACUUCGUCUACCUACCUCGUCAGUUAUAUUUUAUCUGUUACUUUUGACACAUCUAUUUCUUAGACAAAUUUUGUCAUAAGUAUGAUACUGGCAAAACAGGGAUCUGUCUAGGCUUUUCUAAGAGGUACCUAUUUUGUGAAAAUUUAAACAUAAUUUGUGAAAAAUUAAAAAAAUUUUUUUAAGUAAAAGUAUUUUGUGAAACUACUGUUCUUCCUAAAGUUGAAUUUGUGAAGAUACCGCUAAACGGUAGUAAAUUCGGCUUGGACAGACCCCUGCAAAAGUAACUUGAAUGAAUAGAGACAACAUGGAGAUAGCUUUCAAACUUUUCAAAAUAGUGUAUAUAUAAUUCUUUAUCCUCAGAUUGAGAAAGAUUAAAAUUACACGUAUUGUUACUUAAAAGUAUUGAUUAUUUUACUUACAUUGCUGAGAGCAACAUAUGUAAGUGAUAUCUAUACUUGUUCCUGAAGAUUUAUGGGGAGAAAAGGCUGAGAUGUUGAUAAUUUUGUUGUUUUCCUACGUGUGAUUGCAACACCAUGAUUUUUAUAGCUGUUUAUGUAUGUAUAGGGGUACAGUUUAUACACAAUUUACCAAAAAUUGAUUUUUCUCCACUUUUGUGAACAAGUUUGUGUUUGUUUUAAGUUAUUGAUAUGUAAAUCUGAAUAUGUAGUCAGAAACUUGUAUAUGCCAAAAUCUGUGUCAAGUCAGUUUGGAAGACACAGACCUAAAAUUUGUGAGUCCCAUUAAAGAAACUCUUGAUUAA